AUUGUUUACGUCAGUUAGUCAGUCAUUUUUCAAUUGGAGUUAUAAACUCGCAAAUAAAUCGUAAACAUUGAAAAAUAACUUAAAAUAAAAUGUAAUUUAUAGAUUUAGUAAAUGGUGAAAAUUAAGUAUACUAGAAAACGGAAAUUCGAUCUACUAAGACAUUGUUUAUUCUACAUAACCUCAAAGUUGAUGUAACCUUAAUCGUAAUUUGUUGUGUUUACCAUGGCUGUACAACUUUCUCGCCGCGAAGUUGACGAGCUGAAGUCCUCUUUAGAUGGCGCUAUAUACAGAACACUUGGGAAAUCGGAUAGUUCCGUUCUUUCCACAAUAUCUUCAUGUCUGACAAAUGGUUACGAAAGACGAAAAAUCAUAGACAAGCUAUCUUCGUACAUAGACUCAAAAAAGGCGAGCAAACUAGCCGACAAGGUGAUAGCACUCGCGCAAGAGCUCGUAUCUUCAUCAAAGUCACAGAAACGUAAACACGAUCGCGACUCGGACAGAGACAAGGAGAGUAGGGACUCGAAGAAGUCUCGUCACAGUGACCGGGACGCUAAGGACAGACAUGAUGAUGAUAAAAAAGAGAAGAGGGAGAAAGAAGAGAAGGAGAUUGAUAGGGAGAAAAUGUUAAGCAACGGUAUAGAAGUUCUGCCGCUACCUUCAGUCAUGCCGGAGAGUGAGACAGUAGGUUCAAAGAUAGCGGUGCUCAGUGCAGACAGGAUAAAGCUGAUGAUGGCCAAUGCCCAAAAAGAGAUUGAGGAGCGCAAGAGGGCAUUACAGGCGUUGAAGGAGACGAAGCCAGGAGUCAACGCCGCUGCCGCCACCGCCCAGCAGCUGAAGAUGCAGGUGACGCAGACCAGCUCCAUACCGCCCCCGUGCGUCAUCAAGCCCGUGUUAUACUCCAAGCCUGCAGCCGCACCCAUCACGGCCGAGGAGUUGGAGAAGCAGCGCAAGAUAGCUGAGCUCCAGGCGCGGAUCCAGCGCAAGCUGUCCGGCGGAGCCCUGGCCGCCGGCGCGGGGCCUGCGCCCCUCAUCCUGGACAGGGAGGGGCGCACCGUGGACACGACCGGCAAGAGAGUACAGCUGACACACGUGGCUCCUACUCUUAAGGCCAACAUCAGGGCGAAGCGGCGCGAGGAGUUCCGCGCGCAGCUGUCGGGCGCGGGCGCGGCGGAGCCCCCGGCCGCGGCGGCCUGGCUCGACCCGCGCGUGGCGCUCAAGCCCGCGGCCCGGGCCAGGCGGGCGCUGCGCUUCCACGAGCCCGGGAAGUUCACACAGGUCGCCGAGAGGCUGCGGAUGAAGGCUCAACUUGAGAAACUGCAGAGUGAAAUAUCACAGAUAGCGAGGAAGACGGGUAUAUCAUCAGCUACCAAGUUGGCCUUGUUAGCGGCUGACGCACCCGAGGCCGACCAUGUGCCCGAUAUAGAGUGGUGGGACAGCGUGAUCCUGAUGACGCCGGAAGAACGGGAAUCCAAACGCGGUUCGGGCGAUGCGGACGCACGGACGGACACACAGCGCGUGGCCGCGUGCAACACCGGCGGCGACGACAUCGUGGACAACCUGAACGAGGACGCCGUCACCAACCUGGUGGAGCAUCCGCAGCAGCUGAGGCCUCCAACGGAACCUCUGAAGCCGACAUAUAUGCCGGUGUUCCUGACGAAGAAGGAGCGCAAGAAGCUGAGGAGGCAGAGCCGCCGCGAGGCCUGGAAGGAGGAGCAGGAGAAGGUCAGGCUUGGACUGGAGGCGCCGCCGGAACCCAAACUCAGGAUAUCGAACCUGAUGCGGGCAUUGGGCACGGAAGCGGUCCAGGACCCCACGGCCAUAGAGGCCAAGGUCAGGGAGCAGAUAGCCAAGCGGCAGAAGACCCAUCUCGAGGCCAACAAGGCCAGGGCGCUCACCAAGGAGCAGAAGAGGGAGAAGAUCGACCGCAAACUACGCGAGGACACAACGAUGGGUGUACACGUGUCAGUAUACAGGGUGAAAGAUCUGUUCGAAUGUGCAUCCGCCAAGUUCAAAGUGGAGGUGAACGCCCAACAGCUGCACAUGACAGGUUGUGUGGUAUUGCACAGGGGGUGCUGUGUCAUCAUUGUGGAGGGGGGGCCUAAGCAGCAGGCGAAAUAUAAGAGAUUGAUGUUGCACCGGAUAAAAUGGGAGGAGGACACGGUGAAAGACGCGGACGGGAACGACGUCGCGAACAGCUGUCAGCUGGUGUGGGAGGGCGCCACUAAGCAGAGGGCGUUCGGUGAGAUCAAAUUCAAGGUGAUGCCCACGGAGAAACAGGCGCGUGAGUUGUUUCAAAAACACGGCGUGGAACAUUACUGGGACCUCGCGUACAGCGGCGCUGUCCUGGGGUCCGCGACGGAGGACGUGUGAAUUGUGAUUCAAUAAAACUUACUGUACAA